UGUACCUUAGACCAAGCGUAGAAUUUACCUAAAACAACAACCUUUCAAUUCUGCAAGCUAACCUGCAGCCUACUUCUUGAGUCCACCUACGUGUCUUCCUCCGCCAACCCCAAGUCAACCCGAUUACAACCCUCCACCCCACCAGCAGAGCGCAACCCCACUAUCCAACAUGCCUUCAGAUCUCGAACAGCUCGUCGACAUGGGCUUUGACAAGGAGCGUGCCGAAAUUGCCGCCAAGCAAUCCGGCGGCCUCCAAGGCGCCAUAGACUGGCUGGAGAACAACCAGGACAAGACCAUCGAACAGAUCAAGGAGGAGCAAAGCGCGGCAUCCGAACAGCCACCCGAGUUGAAGCCAGGCGAGGAAGCAAAGAGCUUGGAAUGUGAAGAGUGCGGGAAGAAGUUCAGAUCUCAUGCACAGGCGGAGUUCCAUGCGAGCAAAUCCGGCCACACCGACUUCAAGGAGUCCACCGAAGAAAUCAAGCCACUCACCGAAGAAGAAAAGAAGGCCAAGCUCGCCGAACUCCGCCAAAAGGCCGCAGAACGCAAAGCCGCUCAAGCCGAACAGGAGAAACUCGAGCGCCGCAAGAACGAGCAGAUCCGCAUGAAGAACACAAAGGAGAACCAGACUGCGAAGGAGGAGCUGGAGAAGAAGGAGCGUAUCAAGGAGGCACAGCAGAAGAAGCGUGAUAAGCUUGAGGAGGCCGAGGCGAGGAAGCGCGUUCUGGCAAAGCUGGAAGCAGACAAGGCCGAGCGGAAAAGGAAGGCGGAGGAGGAGAAGGCUGCGAGGGCGGGGAUUGCUGCCCCAGCGCAAGCGGAACCCGCAACGAAGCCUGCGGCCCCGAAACCUUCGUCUGCAUACACCGAGGCCCGGCUAGCGCUGCAGACUCCGAAGGGGAGGAUUAUGAAGACGUUUCCUGUGGAGACCACGUUGUUCGAGGUCGCCCACGCGUUGCAGGCGGAGGGCCAUGCGGUGCAGUCAUUUACUCAGAACUUCCCCAAGAAGACAUGGAAUACUACCGACUUUGGGUUGACUCUCAAGGAGGCUGGCUUGGUCCCCAGUGCUGCACUCAUCGUAGGAUAAAGGGAUAUCCAUGGCGUCCCAUGGUUGAAGUCAACGGUUUGACGGAACUUGAACUACGCUAUGUCAUCUCUACGUGCUGCAAUGACUGGGCACUGUUUGGGAGGCUUGAUUUGCAUAGAGGGAAAUGUCAAAUAGAUCCCUUCUGGAUGCAUCAUGCCUGUCUAGCCCAUAUAACCUCGACGGAAGAGGAACCAUAUAUUCAUUGACGACCGUUUAUGUCAUAUGCCCUUCA